GGUUACUGCUUUAACCUCAAAGUUAUGCAUUUAUGACAAAAUAAAAGUAGUAAUAAAGGUAAAAAGUCAAAUGCAGUUUGUGAUUUAAUUAUUUAGGUAUUUUUAAAAUAAUGCAUUUGAAAAAGAAUUGACGGUUUGCCCUUUUAACUUCAUCCGGGUCGAUGUAUCGGCUACCUUCGUAGGAAGUUCACAAGUUAAACACAAGUCGACUCUGAUCACGUUGCCUUUUACUAUUUUUUUCUUAAUCCUUUUAUUAAAAAGAACAGCCACCAUGAUCAGGCCAGUAUCUCUCAGCAGGUUGCCUCCUCAGGUCCUGUUCUGCACCAGAAGAUCAUCUCUUCUCUCAGCAUGUUUUCAGCGUCGUUCAGCUCACACCCCAAUCUUUCGGAGUCGUUGUGAAACCCUUGCACCGAAAGUCACCACCCUGGUCAGAUACUCGGACUUGUCCACGCAGAAAUACUCUAUGAUUUACACCCUGCCAUACAUUAAGCUCCUCAGAGCUAUAUCCAGGCUGAAGCUGCUUCAGACGGCAAUCACUAUGGUGCUCUUGCCCUCAGUGUACGUCCUCUACUUCCAAGGACAUGUUUCCUUCUUUCUAGUUGGCUACUCAUCUGGGAUUGCACUAUUCGCUGGCGUCAUGCUCUAUGCGGCCAGUCACGUUUUUAGGAGAGUUGUGGGAAUGAUGUACCUGGAUCCGUCCCAGACUACGCUUAAAGUUUCUCACCUCACAUUCUGGGGCAAGCGCCAAGACAUCUACCUGCAGGUGUCAGACGUUAUGACCAUAGGUGACACUGGAGACUCUGCAACUGAGGCUAUACUGAAACUAAAGAGAUACAGCAGUCCAGACACCUUUUAUUUCUCAACUCAUUUUGGACGGGUGGUGGAUAAAGAAGGCUUUGAAAAGGUCUUUGGAAGUUUAAAAUAAUUACAAGACAGUUACUGACUUGGCAAAGAUGCAAUAAAUAAUAAAAAAAAGAUGUAUUUUGUUGGCAUUGUAAAUUAUUAAAAUAAAAUUGUAAAGUCAUUUUUUGUUGGUACAGUUUCAGAGAUUUUGUUUUCCACAGUGUCUAAUAAACUAGGUGGGUUCCUUUUAUCGUAAUAGCAACAAAGCUGCAGCAAAGUUAUCCUGCAUUUAUUGUGGCUGAAUGAAUGAUAAAUGAGAGUUGACAAAAAGAAAGUAGGUGGGUUGAAUCCGUUAAGGCUGCACAAUAUAUCAAAUCGCAAUCUUGAUUACAAAUUGUGUGUGUAAUAAAGCUAUGUUGAAAUGUCAGCCAUGAUUUGCAGGAUAUUUGAAAGGAGUUCACCCUCUGUAUAAUUGUGACAAUUGGUAAGAGGGAAUGGGCUCUAACUUCCUUAAUUGCUGUGAAAUAAAAUAAGCAUAUUUGCACCAACACAA